CUGUGGUUUGGCUCGAGGACGCUUCGACCGGGGACUUCGAGCAGAUUAUGCGAUCGAUACGUCAUCGAUAUGUGAUCGAUAAGGCAAUGGCGAGCGGAGGAGGUGCUGAAAGGCGCAUGCGCGGCGGAGCAGCAGCUUCGCGCUCCUCGGCGUGAUUCAGAGAGGAUUCGUGACACGAGCUCAGUGCGCGAGGAGGGAGAAAGAAGAUGGACACGGCAGUGAGUGUUUAGUGGUAUCCUGUACACCCCCCUCCCCCCACCGUAAUGCUACAGCAGAACAACAACAACAACUCCCUGUGCCUGGACAUGGCCCACAGGGAGCUGCUGCAGGGCUGCGGGAGAAGCAGCGCCCCCCUCAGUUUCGGAGCCAUCGGGUUCGGAGCGAUCCCUCUGAUCAAAGGCCUGAGGGCGUGGGCCGUCAGCGGAGGCUUCAAUGCCAGAAACAGGAGGAAAACUGCAGAACAUCAGAACCAUCAGCAGACGGACAGGCAGAGAGGAUGGAAAACGAAGGAGAACCUAACGUUCCGCACUCCUGGUGCCCUGGUGACUGUGGCCACUCUGAAGGGCUCUGAGGGGGUCCGGCAGACCCAGACCCGCUGCCUGUUCCUCAAAGCGGAGGGAUGCAGUUAUCUCUGCACUGUGGGAAACAGCAGGCCGGCUGGAUCCAGAGCUGCAGGUCCACGGAUAAAUCCGAAUUCGGCAGAAGGGUCGGCAGGCGACACGUAUGGCUCUGGCCGAGGAAGACGGGCGAGUCAAGAUGACGGAGCUUGUGAGGUCAAACCACCGGUCGUCCGGAAGUGGAGAAAGUCGAGCAAAGUGGUGAAAUCCUCAGAGAAAAGCUCAGCAGCUGAGAGUAGAGAUGAACCAGGACAAGGGGCUAAAAGGGAUUUCACCUCACAGAUCGAUGCAUUAAAAACUUCAGACUGUGCCAUAACAGCAUGCCUAAAGGCUAAACACAAGCAUGCAGCUAGCAGCACACAGCCAGGAACUGUAAACAAGAACACUGCUGGCAUCGAGAAGGUUAAUGAUGACAAGACUCACCUGCACAGGUGCGAACCAGACACCUCUGCCGAAGCUAGUUCCAGUGCAUCUGGCAGUUCUGAGGUUUAUGUGGGUCAGGAAGAGCCCAGACCUUGCAAAGACAGCACAGAGGAGGCCACAGCUAGCAUUAAACAAAAGGGUGACCUUGUAGCAGAUGUAAACCUGAACCACACUGCAAAAACCAAGGGCAUGCAUUUUGUCAGUGAUGUGCCAAAACCCAAAGAGUUCAGUCCAGAGGAACUUAUGCAAGUCACCAUUAACAGAAAUGCUAACAUUAGCCAUAGCUGUGAAGAUAUAGACAUAGCUAACAUAGUUAUUGUAUCCAGAACUCCCUCAGAUGACACUGAGGGGUCCAGAAUAGACAAAGACUCGUCUAAAAGUAACAAUGAGGUGGUCAUCCAUUCUGAAGAAAUGGAGGAAGUUGAAGGCCUUGACAUGGCCAGCACUAGGAGUGUCUUGGAGGAUCCUGGUCAUGAUCAUGAAUUUGCAAGAGUGGAGAAUGGAUCUAAGGCCAAGAUGGACAAAGACUCCUUCAAAAGUGAGAAUGGCCUGCCAAAGCUGGUCAUCCAUUCUGAAGAAAUGGAGAAAGAUGAAGGCUUGGACAUGACCAGCACCAAGAGUCCUUUGGAGGAUCCUGGUCAGGGUCAUGACCUUGCAGGAAUGGAGAAUGUAUCCAUGGCCACAAUGGGCAAAGACUCUCUUAACAAUGAGAAGAACGAGCCUGAGGUGGUCAUACAGUCUGAACAAAUGGAAAAAGAUGAAGCCUUGAACAUAGCUAGCACCAACAGUCCAAAGAAGGAUCUUGGUCAGGGUCAUGACCUUGCAGGAGAAGAGUCUGGAUCCAUGACCGGGAUGAACAAAGACGAGAACAAGAAGAACCAGACUGAGGAGGUCAAAUGGUCUGAGGACAUGGAAAAAGAUGAAGGCUUGGAUGUGGCUAGCACCAAGAGUCCACAGAAGGAUCCUGGUCAGGGUCUUGAGCUCUUAGGAAUGGAGAAUGGACCCAAGGCCACGAUGGAUGAAGACUCACUUAACAAUGAGAAGAACCAGCCUGAGAUGGUCAUACGGUCUGAAGAAAUAGAAAAAAAUGAAGAAGGAGCCCUGGACGUGGCUGGUGCCAAGAGUCCUUUGGGGAAUGCCAGUCAUGAUUAUGACCUUGCAGGAGUGGAGAGUGGAUCCAAGGCCACAGUGGAUAAAGACUCACUUAAGAAUGAGAAGAACCAGUCUGAAGUGGUCAUCCAUUGUAAGGAAAUGGAGAACGUUGAAGACUUGGAGAUGGCCAGUGCCAGUAGUCCAGUGGAAGAUCCCUGUCAGGGUCAUGACCCAGCAGUGAUGGAGACUGGAUUCAAGGCCAAGAUGGACAAAGACUUACAUAAAAGUGAGAUUGGCCAGUCUGAGGUGGUCAUCCAUUUUCUUCAAAUGGAGAAGGAGGAAGCCUUGAGCAUGGCUAGCACCAGUAGUUCAGUGAAGGAUCCUGGUCAGGGUCAUGACCUUGCAGAAAUGGAGACUGGAAUCAAGGCCAGGAAGGAAAAAGACUCACUUAAAAGUGAGACUGACCAGUUUGAUGUGGUCAUCUACAAUAAUAGAAUGGAGAAAGGUGAAUCCUUUAACAUGGCCAGUGCCAAGGGUGCACUGGAAGAUCCUGAUCAGGGUCAUGACCUUGCAAGGAUGGACAAAGACUCUAUUAAAAGUGAGAAUAUCCAGUCUGAGGUCGUCAUCCAUUCUUAUCAAACAGAGAAAGAGGAAGCCUUGAGCAUGGCCAGCACCGAUAGUCCAGUGGAGGAUGUUGGUCAGGGUCAAAACCUUGCAGGAAUGGACAAUGGAUCCAAGGCCAUAAUAGUCAAAGACUCACUUAAAAUUGAGAAGAACCAGCCUGAGGUGGUCAUACGGUCUAAGGAAAUGGAGAAAGAUGGUGAUGAAUCCUUGGACAUGACCAGCACCAGGAGUCCAGUAGAGGAUCCUGGUCAGGGUCAUAAUCCUGCAGGAGUGGAAAAUGAGAAUAGCCAGGCUGAGGUGGUCAUCCAUUCUCUUCAAACGGAGAAAGAUGGUGAUGAAUCCUUGGACGCAGUUAGGACCAAGAGUCAAGAGGAGGAUUCUUGUCAAGGUCAUGAUCCUGCAGGAGUGGAGAAUGUAUCCAAGGCCAGGAUGGACAAAGACUCACUUAAAAGCGAGAAAAGCCAGUCUAAGGUGGUCAUCUACACGGAAGAAAUGGAGAAAGAUGAAGCCUUGGACAUUGCCAACGCCAGAAGUCCUCGGGAGGAUCCUUGUCAGGGUCAUGUAGGACCACUGGAGGAAUGCUGUCCUCCUCAGCAGACGGAAGUAAACAGUGUUUGUGAAGAACAAUGGUUUACUAAAUCUCCAUCACAAGGUUCUCCCAAAGCCUCUGCUGUUGUUGCCACUGCCUGCCUACUUAAUCCAGCCUUCACUAGCACCUCCAACUCCACCACAGCCAUAGCAACAGCCCCCCCAGCCCUCAGCAGGCAGGAGGAGGUGGGGGCUGGCUUUAGGAGCUUAAGGCCUCAGCCGGAAUCCCAGCUUCUGUCAGAGCAGGAGAGAGGCCAGGGCUGGAGCAAAGUGGCCACGAACGAAAGGCCUGUGGAGGUGGGUGACGAAGAGGAGGAUGAGUUUGGGGUCUUCAUGCAGGCCGGGGAGGAGCAGAUAUGGACAGAAGAGUUCAACGAGCUCCAACAAGUGCCUUCUGGGAUGCACGAUGGCAUUGGACAUAGAACCUCUACUGAUGCAAAUGAGCCCAUGUCCUGGACGUCUGAUUGGACUGGAGUCCAGUCGUUCCACCAAUCAGAUGACUCGUGGGCCACCUUUAAGCAGGAGGAUGACAGCAGAGGGGCGGAGUCAGAGAUAGCGCCAGCCGGCCAAUGGUGGAGCUCGACCGCAGUGGAGAACUCAGACCUCACACUGUCGUCUCUGAAUAAUGUGUCCCGAGUGUUUUUAGAGGCGUUCCCCUCCGUGGACUCCACCUGUGGAGAAACUGACUGUGUUCCAACACUGAAGGAGCUUCUGCAGAGACCUGCUGAAAACAACAGAGCCGCAAAACCUCAGAGCCAGAACUUAUUGGACGGCCUUCAGGAUCUGGACCGGAUGAUUGAUGUGAAAUAUAAGCGGGCGGAGUCUCUGAGCCGUAAGCUCCUCCUCCAGUCACUGCACUUGGGCGCAGUCAGCUCUGAGCGUGCAAGUGGCCGUAAGCAGGCCACCGCCAGGUUCUCACCCAACCUGCCCUCGUCCAACCAGCAGCUAGCGGCUAACGCUAAACGACGGCUGUCUUAUGACAUCAACAGGAACAUCAUGACCUAGCGUCUACGCUAAUUAGCGAAACCGCUCGCAUCUGUGCUACCCUUCAAAACUGGAGACGAAGCGAGAAGAUGACGACAGCUGUAGUUUGUUUUCUUUUUGUCCCAGAAGUCUGUGCGCUCUCAUUCUGUUCUCUCACUUGGUUUAUUUGUUAUGUAUUUUUCCCAACAGCUUAUCUUACAUAAACACUCUCGCAGUAGAUACAGGGCAGGUACUUAGAGCGAUUUUCCAGCUGAUCUCCAUCUGCCACAUCUGCAGCGCACGGUCCAGAGCUGCGGCUAACGGUCACUCCAUAAUCGAUUCAUCAGGAACAGAAAAAGUGCAGUAAUCAGUAACCAGCAUGAAAUAAUUAACAUUAUACACAGUGAUUUAUUCAGCAAGUGAAAAUACAAGCAUUAUUGCUGCCUUUGCAGUGUUUUUAACAUAAA